CCGGCACAACUCACAACUACAUUCACUCACUCCCUAUCUUCUCCAAACCCUAUACUUGAGUCCUGUAAACAUGCCUCUAGACACAAUAUACCUCACCCGCCAUGGCCACCGCCUCAACUGGACAAUCGACUACAAAACCGGCACCUACCACGCCCAAUUCCCUACUCCAACCGGUAACCCAGCAGACCCAACCCUAACCUCUCACGGCGUGCGCCAAUCCCACGAACUGGCCGCCCAUUUCACCAGCGACAACAUAUCCCCCAAGCCAUUCCGCAUCUACAGCAGUCCAUUCUACCGAUGUCUGCAGACAAUCCAACCCACCGUCGAAGCAUUGAAGCAGCAGCAGCAGGCAAACACCACCCCCGGUACCAACAACGAACCCCCCGCAAUCGACACCAACGCCGACUUAACCGUCCGCACUGAACCAGGCCUGGGAGAAUGGUUCGGCCCAACAACCUUCUUCCACCACCCGACCCCCGCACCGGCCUCAGUCCUAUCCACCCACUUCCCUACCAUCCUCCCAUCCAAUGAACAAAACUCACAGACCUAUAACCCAAUCCUCCACCCCUCCACCCGCGGCGAAACCAUCGCCCAACUCCACGACCGCGUCGCAACUACCCUCUCAGCCCUGAUCACCUCCGUCGACGAGGAGAUCUCCGCUAUCGAGAAAUCACUCCCUCCUGCUCAACGGACCAGCAAAGCUAUCCUGAUCUGCUCGCAUGCAGCCCCGCUGAUCGCUAUGGGACGGGCCUUGACGGGGGAUAUGCCGGGGGAUUCUUCGGUUGAGGAUUUCAAGGUGUAUACGGCGGGGGUGAGUACCUUUGUCAGGAGGAGGGUAGGGGAGGGUGUUAGGGAGGAUGGAGAAGGGGAAAGGGAAGGGGGUGAGCUUGCGCCGGGGACGGAGGUACUACUGCUAGAUGGAGGGGUGAAAGUUCCUGAUUGGAAGGGUGGAAAGGGAGUUGCUGGGGGGUGGGAGUGUGUGAGCAAUGGGGAUUGUGGGUUUUUGAGUGGUGGGGCGGAGAGGGGAUGGUAUGUUCUGUUCUGUUCUUUUCUUCUUCUUUAUUGGUUUUGUCUUGGUUUGGUAUGGGAUGGUGGUUGGUUGCUAACUGUUCGCUGGUAUAGGCACUUCGAUGGUGAUGAGUCGUUUGAUACGGGCCCCAUGGCUGGGCCGUCGGCUACCCCGACUUCUAGUGUGGAGUCGUCGGUUGAGACUGAUUUGGGGGAAAGUAAGUUAUAGAUAGAAGGGGCUUUGUGUGGAUGUGGAUGUCAUCGGGGAUAAACUAGUACACUCAGGCUGUAGUAAAUAUAUUUGCGCUAAUAGACUAGAUAUCUUGCCGCAUUAGGCGGUAUGGAAAUAUGAUCGCAACUAUCAAU